GGGGUUUGCUAGUUUGCAUGGAGGAUCUUGUGCAGCAGCAUCACUUCUGACUCUGAGAUCACAGCAGCUGCUCUUGCUGUUUUGUGAUUUGGGGGGGGGGGUGUUUUUGCACUAGCUCAGUGGGAGCCUCUCCCCUGGGGGGCGCUGCUGUUGCCAAAGUUUUCUUUGCAGGCUCUGGGGAGCUUGGACGGUCUGGCUGGGACCGGUGUAUGCAAGGCUAGCGUUCCCCGGAGCGGAGCCGUCUAGUGCUCUGGCCCCUGCCGCUAGAAGAGUUUCAUUGCUGCUCUCCAUGUCAGCUGAGCGGAUGGGGGGAGAUCUGAGGCUGUGAGGUGGUCAUUUAUGUGUUACCAGUUUCCAAAAGAUUGUGGCCCACAAGUUCAGGCAUCUGGCUGUAGAAUGGCUGCCUCUCUCCGCUAUGGAGUGACCAUCACUGGAGCUAUCCUGCUGGUGACAGGAACGCUUUGUUUUGCCUGGUGGAGCGAUGGAGAGGUGGGACCCACGUCUAAUAAUGAUGCUAUGGCUGUGCCUCAUGGAGAAGCCAAAGUGGUGCCAAACUCCUCCUCCUCUAAUGCACUGCUCAGGUCUGUCAGCUUCUUCUGCUGUGGCAUCGGUGGCAUCCUCCUCCUCUUUGGGCUUCUGUGGUCGGUGAAAGCAAAUGCUCGGGGGAUGUCUCGACACUAUCAGUACCACUUCUCCAGAGACCUACACUACUUCACCGUGGAACCUCUUGAUAAAAGGACGUGCAGUGCCUGGGAUGCCAAUGCUGUCCCCACCUAUGAAGAAGCCCUGAACUGCAGGCCUGCUCAAAGUACCCUAGAUUAUAUACCGCCUUAUCGCGGGAAGGAGGAGACUUCACCCCCUCUAUAUGGAGACUUAGAUGAGGAUGAUACGUGGCCAGGUGGCCGCAGACGCAGCUCCUCAGACAGUGUGCUGCUCAGGACCAUGCCAUCCAGGAGGGAAACAGAGUCAUGGGGCGAGCCCAGUGCUACACCCCCGCCCUGCUACGAAGACAUCAGUGUACGUGGUGUAUGAUCUACGGACCACAUACAAUGUGUUGGACUCUCUAGAUUGCUGCCUAGUCUGUUUGCUUUGGAGCCGGCCCUUUCCUCCUCUAAAAUAAUGAUCAUAAAGUGAGAGGGGAAACAUAGAUCAGCUAUUCAGAUCAAAAUGGCUGCUCUGUCUUUUCUAGGAGUAAAUCCAGAAUAAUUACAGUAAAUCCAGAUAAGCUCAGUGCUGCCAUUUUCUGAGCUGUGUGGAUAAUCAGUAUGUUUUAAAGCUUUCAUAUUUUUAAUACAAUCACUGAUGCUUGCAAAUAUUUGACAGGUAGCAGGACAGAGGAGAAAAUAUUUUUGAGAUGCCUGUUGAAAUGCACAGGGAAAUCUUUACUAGAGCGAUCCAGCAAAGCCUAGCAUCUUAGGGUAACAUUUUCAUAACAGCCUGGUGACUUAGGUGCCUAAGUGCCAGCUUAAGAAAUGAUUUGGUCACUAAGGAGGCUAAGCUGCAUUGCUGCUCAAUGACACCAGCUAAGAUUCUCCGUAGUGAUUUUUGGGUGCCCAGCAUGAGCCACCUUAAAGGGGUUUGAUUUUUCAGACAGCGCUGAGCACCUCGCCUCUGAAAAACAGGCUCGUAAGGAGCCUCAUGUUGAGCACCACAAGCUUGAGACAGCCCAAAUCACCAGUUUCUUUUGAAAAUCUUGGCCUUAGUUCCUACGUGCUGAAUGUACUUUUGACGUUUCCCUAAGUCACCAGGAACCGAGAUAAGAACACCGGGGCUUAAGCCUUACCCAACCAUUGGUCAUGAGCUGAAGUGCUCAGCACCUCUGAAAAUCCAGCCAGUAGAGAGAGAGAGAGUGUGUAUGUGUGUGAGAGAGAGAGAGAGAAAUGUGCUUACUUCAAUAGAUUGUUCCCCAGGAGGAAAAAGAAACCAGCUUCCCUGUUCUGUGAGCAACGCAAGACAAAACUCUCCCAAAUAAUGUUUUGUGGGGAAUCCUUGAUACUAAUUAGCUAAGGAGUCGAGGGCAGUGCUUUAUAAUCUGAGUGGUUUGUAUUCAGCCUGCUGGCCCUCUAAAUCAGUCACUUUGCGGCUGUCUCAUGGAAAACCCAAGUGUCUUGGUGUUUCAGUCCCUCCAGAAACAGCUGUGGGUCACACUCCUGGUGAGUGCAGGAGAGUGGGGGAAGGGUAGCGUUGUCACUGUUAUGGAUGGCAGUGAUGACUAGCCAGCAUACUUUAUGACUGUCAUUCACCAUACACACGGACACAAAUGUAGGAAGUGCAGAGUUCUCGUUGUCGUGGGAAAUCACACACAAGGCAGCGGGAGAUAGCAAUCCGGUAAAAUCACCAUGGUGACAUAUAUCAAAGCAUUAACAGGAGGGAAGCAAUCAAGCAGCUUCAGGGAAUCAAAAUUUAUGGCCAUUUUAGAGCGAGACUAAGCUAGCUCCUCAGACAGUGUAAAUUUGCAGAGUGGCAUGACCACAGAGGAACUACACUGAUUACACCAGCUAAGAAUCUGUCCGCUGGUCUUUGGAGUGUUGCCUCUUUAGCUGAAAGUCUGCUACUGAGUCCACAGCAGUGAGCGCUCCCCAGGGCUUACAGUAAACGCUUCACAGUCGGAUUGGAAUUGUGUAAAAGAAUUUGUAGUUGCAAAAUAAAAAUCUCUCAAAAUUGUUGCGAAAUUUUAGGCAUCCUGCUUGGGAUCUCUGCGAUUCUGUGUGCGUUUGCAUAUACAGACACUCUAGAGACAUGAGGAGAUGAGGAAGAGUAGCUUGUAGUCAUUGCUUUUGUGUGAGUGGUGGGGUUGUGGGGUCUCUGUUUCCUAGUAAAUUUAUUUCUCCUUCAUGGGUGGGCUUGUCUCCUCCUAUUUCUUGGGCUGGGAGGGGUUGGGUUUUUGUUUUUUAAGGAAUUGUUGCUUGGUUCUUUUGUUGUUUGUUGUUGCAAACUGAAGUUAAUGGACCAUCUUCCACCCACAAAAAGAUUAAAGCAAAAAUAAAGCAUAUGCUGCGCUUACAGUUAAUUUUCCAAAACGGUGACCAAUAAUUGCUUAUAAAGGACGUUCAUUCAUAUCUCAGCUGUUUCCUGUUUGUUCUCCCCUCCCUACAAAUGACCUCAAAUACUUGUGCUACUUCACUUACUGCCUUUUGGUCUUAAGCAUGUAGUAGGGUUUUUUUUGUUUGUUUUUGAGUUUGAUUUUCAGCUAGUGCACA